GAAGAAGAGGAGAAGACUUACGUCCUCUUCCCCUUCUCGGUCUCCAGACAAUGUUGACAGCGGUGCCCAUUGAGCGAUUCACCUCAUUCGGGCGCAAGAUUAUUGCUUUUGGUCUUUCAUACAAGCACAACUGGCCAGCCGAGGCCAUCACUGUCGGAAGCAAGAAGCCAGAGCCGCUACUCUUCAUCAAGCCACCUUCGACAUAUACUCUGCAAGGCGGUCGUCCGUUGGAGGUUCCGAGCGGCUGCGAGGUGCAUCAUGAGGUCGAGUUGGCCAUUGUGAUCGGCAAAGAAGGCCGAGACUUGCCCAUCUCUUCGGCUGAGUCUUACAUCGCUGGCUACGCCCUCGCACUAGACAUGACUGCCAAGAACGUCCAGGCGGCAGAAAGAGAACGGAGGAUCCCGUGGACCAUCUCCAAGGGCCUCGAUACAUUCACACCCAUCUCGGACUUCAUCUCGUGUGAGGCGCUUGGCGAUCCUCACGACGUAUACUUAGAAUUGGAUAUCAACGGAAAGGAAGCUCAACGAGGUCAUACGUCCAACCUCCUUUAUCCGAUUGCCGAGCUCAUCUCAUAUGCCUCUUCGAUCAUGUCGCUCGAGCGAGGCGAUGUCAUUCUGACGGGAUCACCUCCCAACGUCGGACCGGUCAAGGCUCUUAAAAGGUGGUCCAGAAAAGAGGUUAUUGACAAGCAUUGA